AUGUUUGGUGGAAAAACUUACAUACUCAGAGGCAGUGUAUCAAUUGCCUUGGUCAUCCUCAUCCUUUUGAUGAUAACACUCCUUGUCUCCGAAGAAAACCCGCUUCGUACUUCUCUCUUUGAAGUAAAACGUCAGUUCUCAGCUUCUUCUUCUUCAGUCUGUAACUUUGCAAAGGGGAAAUGGGUUGAAGACCGGAAUCGACCAUUGUAUUCUGGCUUUGAAUGUAAUCAGUGGCUAUCAACCAUGUGGUCCUGUAGGAUAAUGGGCAGACCCGACUUCUCAUUUGAGCGUUACCGAUGGCAGCCACAUGGUUGCAACAUGCCUCAGUUUGACAGAUUCUCCUUCUUGUCAAGAAUGCAGAACAAGACGAUAGCAUUUAUAGGAGACUCAUUAGGACGGCAACAGUUUCAAUCCUUAAUGUGUAUGGCCACUGGUGGCAAAGAGAGCCCCGAGGUUCAAAACGUAGGAUGGGAGUACGGUCUAGUGAAACCCAAAGGAGCUCUCCGUCCUGACGGUUGGGCUUAUCGUUUCCCAACCACAAACACAACCAUCUUGUAUUACUGGUCAGCGAGUUUAUCAGACUUGGUACCAAUGAACAACACAGAUCAACCUAGUGUUACUGCAAUGCAUCUGGACCGUCCACCGGCAUUCAUGAUAAACUACCUUCACCGUUUCGACGUGUUGGUUCUAAACACGGGUCACCACUGGAACAGAGGAAAGAUCGAAGGAAACCACUGGGUGAUGCACGUGAACGGAACGCGAGUCGUGGAAGACGAGUAUCUCAAGGAUAUCAAGAACGCUAAGGAUUUCACGAUACACAGCGUUGCCAAGUGGCUCGACGCGCAGCUUCCGUUGCAUCCGCGGUUGAAAGCCUUCUUCAGGACGAUAUCUCCGAGGCAUUUUAAAAACGGAGAUUGGAAUACAGGUGGGAACUGUAACAACACGGUGCCUUUGUCUAGAGGAAGCGAGAUCAGUGGCGAUGGUGGAUCGGUUGAUACUACGGUGGAGAGUGCUGUGAAUGGGACUAGGAUCAAGAUUCUUGACAUAACUGCACUCUCUGAGCUGAGAGACGAAGCUCAUAUCUCAGGGUCUAAGCUCAGACCUAGGAAACCGAAAAAGGAGAGUAACGUGAGUUUGACUGCAACUCCAACGGUCAAUGAUUGCUUGCAUUGGUGCUUACCUGGGAUCCCAGAUACUUGGAACGAGCUUUUCAUCGCUCAGAUUUAG